AUACCAAGUAUAAAUUAAAAUAAUAGAUUUAAGAGAUGAUACAUUUUAGUACACAAGUUUUUCCAAAAGACUACAAACACACUAAUAUUUGAACGCAACACAGCGGGGAUUCGGCUUUCUGGGCCACCGAGCGCCCCUGGAGGAAGUACACUUUGUUACAUAAACAGCUAAUAACUAAUGAUAUUCAUAUUCACCGGCUGAUGAUACAACCAGGCGACAAUCUAUCAAACACCGUUGACAACUUUCAACCCAUGACUGAUCAUAACCAAAGCGAGUCUACUCACGCACCCGGCCUCCAUACUUGAAGUUAAGGUUGUGUAUUUGUUAUUGCAUCGUCAUGAAUUCAGCCGGACUGUUGUGCGAAAUCGAGCGGCCGCGUCACCGGCCUUUCUUGAUCGGGGUGAGCGGAGGAACUGCCAGCGGAAAGUCCACAGUGUGCGCCAAAAUCAUGGAGCUUCUGGGUCAGAACAAGGUGGACCAUCGCCAGAGGAAGGUCAUCAUCGUCAGUCAGGACAGUUUCUACCGGGUUCUCACGCCAGAACAAAAGGCCAAAGCUUUGAAGGGCCAGUACAACUUUGACCAUCCAGAUGCAUUUGAUACUGAACUCAUGUGUCAGACUCUGAAGGAUAUAGUAGAAGGGAAAGUGGUGGAGGUUCCCACAUAUGACUUCAUCACCCAUUCCAGGUUGCAGGAGAAAAUCUGUGUGUAUCCCGCUGAUGUGGUGUUGUUUGAGGGGAUUCUGGUAUUCUACACACAGGAAGUGAGAGACAUGUUCCACAUGAAAUUGUUUGUUGACACCGAUUCAGACGUACGUCUUUCUCGCAGAGUUCUGCGGGACAUGAGAAGAGGUCGAGAUUUGGAACAGAUACUCACACAAUAUACCACGUUUGUUAAACCUGCCUUUGAAGAAUUCUGCCUUCCGACCAAGAAAUAUGCAGAUGUGAUCAUACCUCGAGGAGUUGAUAACAUGGUGGCAAUAAACCUGAUUGUGCAGCAUAUUCAGGACAUCCUGAACGGUGACAUCUGCAAAUGGCAGCGGGGUUCUGUGAAUGGACAUGCCCAUGGGCAGAGUCAAAAGAGGGGCAUGGUCGAACAAGACGAGAACUCUAGCGGAGGCAACAACCUCCCAAACCUCCCGAAACGACCACUGCUGGAGCCCAGCACACGACCACAUUAACACGAGCAUAUGAGUCAAAUGGUUGAAACAUUACAUUUUUUGCAUGCUUCCAACACACAUCUCUCUGCCUAUCACGUUAAAGAAAUAGUUCACCCAAAAAUGAAAAUUCUUUCAUUUACUCACCACUCAAGCUGUUGCAAACCCGUAUGACUGACUUUAUUCUGAGGAGCAAAAAGAAGUAGUUUAGCAGAAUGUCUGAGCUUCACUCAUCCACGCAAUGAAAGUGAAUGGGGACCAGGGACUGUCAAGCUUUAGAAAGGACAAAAAAAAAAGCAUAAUAAAAGUAGUUCAUAAAACAUAACUUCUUGUGAAGAACAGAACGUAAUUUAAGUCAUUCAUUGAAAAUCUUCAACAUUUUGCUAAACUUCUUUAGUGUUCCAAGGAAGAGAGUUAGUCAGAUGGGUUUGGAACAACAUAUAUAUUAACUUUACACAAAAUUUAAGAAUGCCUUUUUUUGCUGCUUGAGUCACCUGACUGUCAGUGUGACCUAUGACCUCACCUGUAGUAAUUUCUCUCUCAGAGGAAGACAACUGUUCUGUAAAUGUGAAAUAUUUAAUGUCCUACUCUACGUAGUCACUAUGACUGCAUUUACAUGUUAAUCUGUAAUGAUGCAUAUGAUAACAGUUUGUCAUCAACUUACAUUGAUCUCCCAGUCUCACUGCCGCUCACAAAAUUGUAAUUCACAUCUCACAAAUUACAUAAUCAAAUUGUCAAUUACACCUGUAGAAAGUUUUAAAAGCUUCAUGAGGAUUUUCUUGCCUAGUGAGUAUUGUAUAAGAUUACUUUCUAGAAUGUAAACGCUUGUUUAAUGCGAAGAACUAACUUGGUCACACAAGAAUAAUUAUAGUCAUGAAAAUAUUAAGUAUUUAAACAUUUUAAUCUCACCUCCACAGAUUUGUCUUUUUACAUAAUUUAUAGUUCUGAAAUUGCUGCGUUUGUUCCUAAAUGUGAAUGUUUUAAGAUAUUUCUUCAUUUGUAAUCCAAUUUUGAAUUUUUUUUCCAUGUAUAUAUUUUUUAAAAAUAUUAAAGAAAACAUACUUGCGUGAU